UAAGCUUUAUCUUUGCCUAAGUUGCAGUUUAUUGAGCUGAAAUGUAUUGAUAUUCCUUUUAUGCUGACAACCAGACAUGGCUAAAGAAGGUGGCUGUCUGUUCCGUAUCGGGUAUUUCUUCUACUCAAGAACAAGUGUUGGCAAGCUUUACCACAGACGAGACAUAGCAAAGGCCAGAGCAAAAUAUCCCAAUGGUGAGACACAUAGUGUGAUACAACCAAAGUCAUUCAAUGACCUGACAAUUACACCUCUGCCUAUCCUACUGGACAAUUAUGCAUAUAUAGUUACAUGUGGCAAGACUGCAACUUCUAUUGUGGUGGACCCUGGAGACGCUGAACCUGUCAUAAAAUACCUGAAGGAACAAGACAUAAUACCUGCUGCUGUACUUGUAACGCAUAAACAUUGGGAUCAUGCAGGGGGAAAUGCAGAUUUUAAAAGAGCAUUUUCUGAAAUAAAAAUUUUUGGAGGAAAACAUGAUAAUGUACCUGAUGUCACUAACACAGUGGACCAAGGUCACAAUCUGGAGUUUGGGAACCUCAAGUUUUCUGUUCGAUUUACACCUGGCCACACUGUGGGCCAUGUUGUGUAUGUACUGGAUGGCCGACCAUAUGGGGCUCCAGAUUCUUUGUUCUCUGGGGACCAUUUGUUCCUUGGCGGAUGUGGACGUAUGUUUGAGGGACCACCUUCUACUAUGCUUGGUUCUCUAGAUGAUAUCUGUCAGCUGAGUGGGGAAACAUUGGUUUGGCCAGGUCAUGAAUAUGCAAACGAUAACUUAGAAUUUGUCUGCCAUCUGGAACCAAACAAUACUGAUGCUCAGAACAAAUUUGACUGGGUGAAACAACAGAGAGAAAAACGUCUGAUAACAUGCCCCUCUACCAUUGCGGACGAGCAGAAAUACAAUCCAUUUCUGAGGACCAGUUAUGAAUCUGUUCUCAAGUCUGUAGGGAUGACAUGGACUGGACCUUUUCAGCCUCCUUCAGACAGUGUGCGGGCACAGGCACUAGCUGAAGUCCGCAAACAGAAGGAUUCUUUCAAGUACAACUUAUGAAAAGUUUACUCAUUAGUACUUAAUUUACACUCAGGUAACAGACAAAUCCUUUUGUGUCAGUUUUGAGUACUUCUGACAAACAGUGGUGGCAACCACGCAGAAUCUUUGAUUUAUCCAUGAAAAAAACCUUUAAAGUCCUAUAUCUGCAUAAUGUGCACACCCCGAACUGGAUGGUUAUUUUUUCCCAAAAAAAUAACUGUGCAUAUUAUAUGGGUUUCUGUGGUAUACAUAGGAGUCAUCAUACCCUGUAGACAGAGCUGUGUUAAUUACAAUUGGUUCAGGUAAAAUCUAUAUAUAGCUCACACAUGACACAGUAAAUAACCUGGAAAAGAUGUAUAACUUAAACCUGACUCAGUUUCAACUGGUCAUCAUUUCGUGGACAUAUAUGAGUUCGUGGAUUAACAAAAGACAUAAAAUUACUGAAAAUAAAACCACAACAAAAAUUACCAGUGUUCCUCUACCUGUAUUACUGUGUAUAUAUUGUUAUAUAUUUCAGUCUUCAAGGUAGGGUUUUUUUCUACUUUUAAAUUGAAAUUAUAUUUGUUCAGCGCUUCAGAAUGCUUUGCAAUAUUUUGAUAUAAAUGUAUUCAGUGAGUGUAUUUAUUUUUUUACUUUGAUUUCUACAUGUAAAAUUG